CUCUAUGUGAGCUGUGAUGGUUAACCCACACCCUGAUAAGAGGGGUCUAUGUGCGUAAGACAUUUCAGAUCAUGUGACCUUUAAAAUUGUCAUCAAAAUAAUGACAGUCAUCAUCAAUAAUCAUGAUUAUGAUCACAGUUCCUGAGUUGAGUCGCACAGCUUUCCUGUUACAUUUCUCACCAGCCUACUUCACCCAGAACAAGAGCAGAGGGAGGAACUAAUGUGUCGUGUUUGGCUGCAGUGUUCAAUAAAGCACACACAAACAUUGUUUUUCUCAUCAGGUAGACAUGAACAACAGUGAGGAGUAUAGACCUGAGCCAAAUCAGGCUUAUGCUGUGGUGUUUGGAUCUGUUAUGGUGCUGGGUUUGCCUCUCAAUGCUGUGUCACUGUGGAUUCUGCUUCGCCGCCACAGCCUCAAAUCCUCCAAUGCCAUCUUCAUGGUCAACCUGGCGAUCUCAGACCUGCUGCUGGUCAUCUCCUUGCCCAUGAAGGUCUACUUUUACACCACAGGAACCUGGCCUCUGAGCUCAAAGGCAUGCAACUGUAUCACGAUGCUCUUUCGCAACAACAUCCGCUCGAGCUCCAUCUUCAUCACCCUCAUCAGCGUGGAUCGGCUGCUGGCUGUGGUUUAUCCUCUGAGGUCACGCCAUCUGCGAACUGCUUCCAACGCCUGGAAAUCUGUUGCACUCGUAUGGCUGUUUGUGCUCGUGGUGAACAUACCAGAGGGACUGGUCCUUGCAAAAAACUUGAACAACUCCAGUGAAUCUACCUGUUUUGAAUUUCGUGGACAGCAUCAGCAGCAGCAGCAGCAGCAGCAGCAGCAGCCUGGAUCAGCACUGUCAUACUUUCAUCUUGUGCUAGUGGUCACCCUGCUGACAGUCAACCUUGUGUCCACUGUUUUGGUGUCUUGCAGUCUACACAGACGUCUCAAUGACUCUGCAAAGGUCAACAACAAGGUGAAUGUCAUGCUGAUUUUUGCCAUGAACUUGGUGAUGUUCACCAUAUGUUUCUUGCCUGUGUCGGUUGGUGUGCUUACAAUUAAGAGAGAUAAGAUUACGCCUUUGGUAUGUCUUGCUUCUGUGAACUGCUGUCUGGAUCCGCUGUUGUACUACUUUUCUUUGGAUGCCUUCUGGAAGAAAAAAGAGGAUGUGGAUCUUGCAAGAGAACAGCAGACAUGGGACAAUCUAUUUUCAUGAGAUGGCAUAAAUUUCCCAAAGUAUCCAUAUCAAUCUUAUGAAUCUUUAUAUGAAUUGUUUGACAUUUUGGGAAAUAUGCUUGCUUUCUUAGUGAGAGUUAGAUGAGAAGAUUGAUAACAUGCUCAUGUCUGUAGGAUAAAUCUAUAGUUGGAGCAAGCAGCUGGUUAGCUUAGCUUAGCACAAAGACUGAAAGUAGGGGAAACAGCUAGUGUGGUUCUGUCCAAAGGUAACAAAAUUUGUGUACCAGUACUUCUAAAGCUCGCUAAUUAACUAUUCCCAUAACAUGAUGACUUAAUGUUUUAUCAUUAUGACAACAAGAGUCUACAAAGCUAGUGUCUGGAACUUUGAAGCAUUAUUUUAUUUAAUAAUUCAAUUCAAUUCAAAUUUUCAAUAAACUGUAAUUGAAGAUAGCUGGUUAAAUUCUUGUGAUGGCUCUUUUUUAAAGAAAUUGUUCAACAUUUUAAGAUAUACACUUAUUUACUUUCUUGCCAAGAAUUUUGCCACUUUCAUGUCUGUAUGUUAAAUAUGAAGUUACCGCUUUGUCAGCACAAACAUUGGAAACAGAGAGAAACAGCUAGCCUGGCUCUGUCUAAAGGUAAAAAAAUCCACCUACCAGCACCUCCAACAAGACUCCAGAAAGUCACUGCACACGACCAAGAAAUACAUAACAGCACAUAACACGACAACUUGUAAAACCACUACUUGAGGUUUUGACACUUUGUUUUUCGGACAGAUGAAACAAAUAAGAUAUAACAUAUGGCAGAUUUUUUUUAAAACCUUCGGACAAAUCCAGUGUUUCUCCCUGCUUCCAGUCUUUGUCCUAAGCAAAGCUACCUGUCUCCUCACUGUAGCUUCAUAUUUAACAGACAGAUAUGAGAGUGGUAUUGAUCUUCUGAUGUUAAACCUCCAAGAUGACUUUUGUGCAUUUGAGAAAGAAACAACACCAAAGAUUUGAGGUGAGAAUCAUUACAUGAGCACCUUCCUCC